CGGUGACGUGCCUGGCCGAGGCCGCGCAAGGGCGCUGUAGCAGCCAGUGCCGCUGUCAUGGCGUCGGAGGCGCUGGCUGAGGAGAACCCGCCGCGGUCUCUUUAGAGCGAGGGGCGGGCGGCUGGGUAUGGAGAGCGGCCCCGAGAGCCUGCAGCCGCUAGAAAACGGGGUGGCCGCCGGGCCAGCGCCAGGGACAGGUUCUCCGCAGGAAGGGCGACAGGAGACCGGGCUCGCCGCUGGGGAUGGUCCUGGAGUAUGGACGGCGGAGAGCGACGGCGGGAAUGGGCAGGGGGCGGCGGCCGGCGGGAGGAGCCUCCCGAACUCGCUUUCUCCCGCCGGCUUGCCUCCGGUUCCCGGACUCCGUAGCCCCUUCUCGGGCUUGGACUUGAAGGAGAGCGAUUCGGCGAGUCCUGCUGCCCAGAAGGCGCCUCUGGGAGGGCAGCACAAGGUGACCGCUUCCCCCGAGACAGCCGAGGCCGGAGCGGGCCAUGGGUUGGGUCCGGCCGGAGACGCGGGUGCCCGCCCGGAACCCACCGGCACCUGCCGGGCAGAGUCGGCGGCCGUGGGCUCCGAGGAGCCCAGCAGCGCCGGCGGCCUCAGCAGCAGUUGCAGCGACCCGAGCCCUCCGGGGGAAUCGCCGAGCAUGGACUCCCUGGAGUCGUUCUCGAACCUGCAUUCUUUCCCCAGUAGCUCCGAGUUCAAUAGUGAGGAGGGAGCUGAGAACAGGGUCCCCGAGGAAGAGGAGGAGGAGGAGGGCGCGGCGGUGUUGCCCGGGGCCGUGCCUCUGUGCAGACAGGAGGAGGAGGAGGGGGAGUCAGCUCAGGUGCUGGCGGCCUCCAAGGACCGCUUCCCGGGACAAUCUGUCUAUCACAUCAAGUGGAUCCAGUGGAAGGAAGAGAACACACCCAUCAUCACCCAGAAUGAGAAUGGACCCUGCCCUUUGCUAGCCAUCCUCAAUGUUUUGCUUCUGGCCUGGAAGGUGAAACUUCCACCGAUGAUGGAAAUCAUAACUGCUGAACAACUGAUGGAAUAUUUAGGAGAUUACAUGCUUGAGGCAAAGCCAAAAGAAAUUUCAGAAAUUCAACGUUUAAACUAUGAGCAGAAUAUGAGUGAUGCUAUGGCAAUCUUGCACAAACUACAGACAGGCUUGGAUGUCAAUGUAAAAUUCACUGGUGUUCGAGUGUUUGAAUAUACACCAGAAUGCAUAGUAUUUGAUCUUCUUGAUAUACCUUUGUACCAUGGGUGGUUAGUGGACCCUCAGAUUGAUGACAUUGUAAAAGCUGUUGGUAACUGCAGCUACAACCAACUAGUGGAGAAGAUCAUCUCUUGUAAGCAGUCAGACAAUAGUGAGCUGGUUAGUGAAGGCUUUGUAGCUGAGCAGUUUCUAAAUAACACAGCCACUCAACUGACAUACCAUGGAUUAUGUGAACUAACUUCAACGGUUCAGGAAGGAGAACUUUGUGUGUUCUUUCGGAAUAAUCAUUUUAGCACCAUGACCAAAUACAAGGGUCUACUGUAUUUGUUGGUAACAGACCAGGGGUUUCUCACUGAAGAAAAAGUUGUUUGGGAAAGCCUACACAAUGUCGAUGGCGAUGGAAAUUUCUGUGACUCAGAAUUUCAUCUGAGGCCUCCUUCAGAUCCUGAAACUGUAUAUAGAGGGCAACAAGAUCAGAUAGAUCAGGACUAUCUUAUGGCAUUAUCUCUGCAACAAGAACAGCAGAGCCAAGAGAUCAAUUGGGAACAAAUACCUGAAGGAAUCAGUGAUUUGGAACUAGCGAAGAAGCUCCAAGAAGAAGAGGAUAGGCGGGCUUCUCAAUACUAUCAGGAACAGGAACAAGCAGCAGCAGUUGCUGCUUCUGCUUCUACACAGGCCCAGCAAAGCCAGCCAGCACAAGCCUCUCCAUCAAGUGGAAGACAAUCUGUGAAUAGUGAACGUAAACGAAAGGAACCUCGAGAAAAAGAUAAAGAAAAAGAAAAGGAAAAAAAUAGCUGUGUCAUUUUGUAACAAGUGUUGGAUUCCGUUGGAACCAUCUAUAGUCUCGAGAAACAAAACCGCAGAAGGAAAGGAAGAAAAACCGAUAAAUACCGUCUGUGCCUGAUUUCCCAAUGGAUUUUGUUCAUGUUUUCAGGGGAAAGGUUGUUACUUAGUUACAAUCAGACUUUUUCAAGUCACACAGUACACUCUUUAUGAGCUGGAGUUUCAUGUUACAAGUUGGAAAUGCUGUGUUGUCAUUCAUGAAAAAUACUGCACUUGUAGCCAAAUAAGCAAAUCACAGCAAAUUUUGUGUCAUAGUGACAUUUAUAACUCAUAUCAGUUAGUAAGCUAUUUUAUCUUCUGUUCUAACAAUGAAUGGAGGUAAUUGAUUUUGUCUGAUUCCUUUCUGAAAUCUAAAUAUUAGCACAAUAGUUUCUGAAAUUAAUUUUCACAAUGUUAAAUUAUGAUCUAAUUUGCAAGAAACCAGGGGUUUAAUAUAGGGAUUUAAAAAGAAAAAAAAAAUAACAGGAAUAAAUAACCCUUAAUUGUAUAUUGGACUAGUUCAGCCCUUGAACAGCUUUACCUUUCUUUAGGAAUGUACAUUUUAGAUACUGUCUUGAGAACUGAUAGUGGAACUUGGAUUUAAUUUAGAUAGAAAAAAUAAAGAUUUGUAUUUCUUUUCCAAUAGCAAAAAAUUACAUAACACUAAUGCUUAUAUCCUAUCAAAAUCAGAGAUUAAUGACUUUGUAGUGUUGUGAAAUGUUGAGGAAUUUUGAAACUUUUAAUAUAGGUAAAUUGGACCACAGUUACUAUUUAUUGACAGUGUGAUAAGUGAGUGUGAGGGGGAAACCACAGGAUGCCACUAGAUUUUGUAAAUAUGGGGAUGUAGAAAAGCAGAUAGUUCAAUGUCUACCUUUUUCUAGAAUUACCUUGAACCUUAAAAUUUAAAUCAUGUUUGUUUGCUAGAAAAUUAGGUAUACUUAUUAAAACCAACAAAAAAGCACAUUUCUGAAAGGAAGUUAUAGAUAAUCUCUGAGACUAGUAAAAAAGCAUUAAUAAAAAUCUGUUUGAGAAUAGAUAGAAUUUGGAGGAAUUUAUGUAAAAGCAAUCAGAUAUUUUUAACUUAUGGGAACCAAAUAAACCUAUAACAUCUUGUAGUGUUUAUAGGAUUUAGAAAGAAUAUUUAUUGAACUUUAUUAUGAGGCAACACAUAUUUUCCUGUAUUUCUAGAUAUAGUUUGGAAAACUAUACUUAAUAGUCCUUUUUAUAUGCUUUAUAUUUAAAAGUUUGUUUUAGUCAUUUUUGAAACAACUAUUGCUGCUGCAAGUAGUUAUGUGAUUUACAUUCUAAGCCUCACUAAAUUUGUUUGUUUAAGAGCAUCUUAAUUUAACCUGAGCAUCCACUUGGAGAAUGUUUUUUGUGGUCUAGGGUGACAAUAGACUACAAAAAAUGUGGUCUAGAUUUCUUAAGCUAUGUCCAUAACAUUCUUUGUGAUCCAAGACCAGUUAUAGGAUGAGUCUAUGUGUAAAAAGUAAAGUCUUAUUUAUGGAAGAAAUUAUUCUAAGGGAAAAAUCCAGGGUCAAGCUGUGUCUUUUAUGUCCUUCUGUAUUGCAUGUCUUUUUAUGUUAUAUAUUUGUUAUUCUUUCAAAUUCCCUAUACUAGCAUGAUAAAUCAUCAGAGAACCUGUUUGGGGUAUAAAACCUUGAUACAAAAUAUUUGGUGUCUCUUGAUAAUAAUCCAGAAUAUGCGUACAUUGGUAAGUUAUCAAAUGCACUACAGAAUUCUCUGUUGGCUCAAACAAGUUGACCUUAGUCCAAGUUUACUCUUGAUACAACUCUUUUAGUUGAAGGAGGAAACUCAAACCUCAGGGUUUGUUUUUCCCAGAGCAGAUAGUAGUGACAGUGCAUUAUAUUUUAACAAGAAAAAACAAAACAAUAAAUCCUGAGGAAUUUUAAAAAGUACAUUUGAGGCAUAUUUUUCCAUAAUUAUAUACUUAUCUAUUUAUUGCCCUUGAAAAAUAUAUGUGUAGAAGUUAUUCUUCUGUUAUUUGUUACUAUCUUCUUAAUUUGUUCCAAAGAUAAUACUGCCGUUCUGCAUUCCCUCUGGAAGAAAAAAAAAAAUUCACUCAAAACCAGCAGUGCUGCUAUCAGAUAAGUAGAUGUCAAUGUAUACUUAUAAGAAAUAACUAAAAAAUGUAAUGUGUUUGUUAAUUCAACCUUUUUCUAUGUAAUAUUUCCAAGUCAGACUUUCUUACAUUCCUGGAAUUCAGUUUGAUAUACCAAGAGUAAUAAUGAUAAAAUGUUUGCUUUGAUUACUGUGGGGAAAAAAUUAAAUGUUCAAUUCUAUUAAAACAAACAAACUUCUCAGAGAUACUGGUUUCCUAUCCUUGAAGAUUAUAAAGAAUUAAAAGCUAUUGUGUCUUUAUUUUCUUAUAUUUGCUCAAGGCAACAAAUUAUAUAUUCAGACAUUUCAUUGCUGGUUUGGGUACAUUGAAAUUUGAUAGUGGUAUAUUAAAGUCUUUCCUUCGCAGCAUUUCAUAAGACUUGAAAAUUGUUACAUGUACACUACUAGCAGAAGUUAGAACUUAAACAUUUUUGUUUUCAAUAUUUAUAGGCUAGAUCAGGGGCACAUUUGCAUCAACCAGUUACCAUUAGAGCUAGCAAAAGAGGCACAUGAAUGAAUGGAUAUGGUCUCUGCACUUUCUCGUACUUUCAAAGCCUAUUCCUUAAGGUUAGUGACCAGUCUUUAUUAACAGUAUGAAAUUUUUCUUCAUGUCUAAUCCCACUGAAUCAACAAUGCUGUGAUUUACAAUAGGUUAUCAACACUUAAAAGUACUUAUUUUGUGUGUGUGUGUGUGUGUGUGUAUUUCUAAAGCAAGGAUCCAUGACUCCAUUAGAUUCUCAAAGGAAUCUGGGAACUUUUCCUCAAAUUUAAGAAUUAACAUUUUAAGCAUAUACACAAACAUAUGUACAUACACACACUAAGCAGUUUGAGGCAGCUAAAACCAGCCUUGGCUGCUUCCUAUAAUAUACUGGUCCAGUGUGCUUAGGUAAAGUAACUUCUUCCAUAUUUCAAGGUUAGUAGUUGAAUGAGGCAUAGAUUUAAGUUAAGGAUUAGGUUUUAGAAUAUAUUUUAUUUUAUUGUCUCACAUUUCUAGUAUUUGACUACUUAUCCCAUAUUAUGUUUUGAAUUCUUCCUCAUACUUCUUGAUCUUAACUUAAGCAAGUUAGUAUCAGAGAUUAGUUGACUGAACCCAACAUUUGGUACUUGCACAAAACCUUAACAUUUUGUUUUCAAUGAAUCACUGGCUCAGGUCACCAAGAGACAGAAGAUCUUGAGAGGAAAGAGGACUAGAAGUCAAAUAGUAUUUAAGGAAAGAAUUAUUGUGGUCCCUAUAUUAAUGUUGGCAUAUGAAGCAGAUAUUUGUAAAAUCUUGCUGGAGAAAAAUCAAGGCAAGAAUUUCCUGAACUGUCCUCAAACAAUCUCAUUUGUUUAAAAUUAAAAAAAAAAAAAAAAAACAAAAAGCUAAAAGCAAAUUGAUUACAUUUCACUUAACUUUCCUAUUCAGUGUACCAGUUAUGUUAAAAUAUGAUGGAAGGCUUAUGGGCUUUACCUAUCACACAAUACUUGGGCAUACAACUUAAACUACAAUUGUAAACUUACUAAUGUUUGAUAAAAUAAUUUGAAGGCAUUAAAGAUAGUAUAUAAUUUCAAUUUUAAGAAACUGGAAAUGUAGAAUUCUGAAUCAUUUUAUGUCUAAAACCUGGCUUUUAUCUUGCCAGGCAAACUUUCUAUAGCUCACUUUACUCUAAAUAUGUAAAGGAUACUCAUUUUUUUAGUGCUCCACACUCCUGAAUAAAGGGCAUAGUAUGAGCACAGAGUAUUACUUAAAUAAUCAUAAAUAUUACACAUCUUUUGUUCUUGAAUGUGCAUACUUUUUUCCCAAUGACUAUUUCUUAAGCCAGUUUUUUUGCUGCUGUCAAAAUUUGUAGAAUUAUCUUGUCUUUGAGUAUGGCAUCAUCUCUUCCCAAAAUGUAGACUUGCUUUUGUAUUCUGUACUUGCUUUUGUGGACUAUAAGGUCAAAAUCAAGAGUAUUUUCGGAGUAUAAAAUCAUUAAAAAUCUAUUUUUUUCCAAUAUCUUUCAUAUAUCUAAAUAUUUAGAUUCUCUUUGCCUUUUCCUCCAUGGAACGAACUACAAUGGUAUCAGAUUACUAACACAUAUAUGUAAACUUUUUUUGCAUGGAUGGAAUUCUUUUAGAUCUCUCAAGUACUGUCAUUUUUAGGGCUAUUUAAAUUAUUUGUUAGUAUAAAAUGUUAUUUGAUAAUGUGCAGUUAAUUUCCUUUUAGAAAGUGACUGAAAAUUGUAAAGGAACUCAUCGGGAUCAGAGUUCUUAGGUUCUCUGGUAAUUUAGUGUCUUUUUUUUUUCCCCCACUUAUGUCCAACACUUUAAAGCUAAUGCGAAAAUAUGAAGAACUGAGGUUACUCUCCUUGGGUGACACUUUAAAACAAACUAAAAUUUAAAAUCAAAAGCUUCCUGAACAAAAUAAAUUCAAAAUAGAGAUAAUGGAGUCUGAGGGACAAAUUGCAGGACUCUGAUAAGUUUAACUUAUUUUGAAGAUCUAUCUAAAUUUUAAUUCGUGCAUGUCUCUUAAUCCCUCUGUUUCUGCUGUUAAGAAAUUAGAGUUUAACAAAUUGUGAUACACAUAUAUAUUUUUACAUGAAGGAUUCUAGUUUCUAAUUUCACUUUUCUGAUCUCAGAAAAAUUAACCUCAAAAAACGGUAAAAGUCUUCAACUAUUGCCUCAGGUUCAGCUUCAUCCUGUUGCCCUGAGAAAGGAAGCGAUUUAGACUUUGCCUAUAACAGGUAUUUUUAGGGCAUGGUAGCAUCCCAGAUUAGGCUUGAAGUACCAUGGCAGAAAUACAAAGCCUAAGUUUUAAAUAACCACAGUAGAUUU